AUGGCAAACGAGUUUGCUAAGAUAAUAGCGGAUCAGAACGCUUUUAUGAAAAGCCUUUUGGAUGACCAAAAAGGAUUUUUACAAACAAUACUACGGGGAGUCACUUCAAGUACUAAUGAAGCAGAUGACUCAACAUUUUUCGGCGUAUGCAGUCACCACAGAGCUCAAAAAGAAAGCGUUUUUUUAACAUGGGUUGAUGGUGAGACUUUUGAGUUAUUGAAAAAAUUAUUCGGGAAAAACGAUUUGGAGGGCAUUCCAUUUGCUGAGUUGGUGCAAAAGCUGUCGGAACAUUUCCAAGAACAAAUUCAUGUGGUAGCAGCGCGGUAUAAUUUUAAUAAGUGCUUGAUGAAGCCAACGCAAACAUACAGGGAAUGGAUAGCUGAAUUAAGAGGAAUAGCUAGAGAAUGCCAAUUUCAAUGUAUAGGUGAAAAUUGUACCAAAUCAUAUGUUGAUGAAAUGAUUAGGGACAUGUUAAUUCUGCAUACACCUCAUGACACCGUAAGAGCAGCGGCACUUCAGAAAUUAAAACCUACAUUGGAAGAUGUUUUAUUAAUUGCAGAGUCUUUUACUUCGACGACAAAUGCUACAAAUUCUAUUAAACAACAACAACUCCAAGAGAGUUUGCCGUUAGUUAAUGAAAUCACGUCACAUGCAAAAAAUAGAGCACAAAAAGAGAAAAGUUCAUCGGUUUCGGUCAUAACGCAAAAGACAUUUAAUCAGUUAGGCAGGCCAAAACUUCGAAGUUGCACACGUCCAAUUUAUGGUUAUGGUAAAAAGGUGAUAGAAACCUUAGGCGAAUGUGAAAUAAAAAUAAAAUGUGGAAAACUAGAAAAAGAAGCAGUGCUGGUUGUUGCUAAAGUCGAAAGGCCGAUUUCUAAUUUUAAAGCGAGCAUCAAGUCUACGGCUGUACAAAAAUAUUUUAAAUGUCGUCAGGUGCCAUUCGCCCUACUUGAAAAAUUUAACGUGGAAGCUGAUCGACUAGUGCAAAACAGUAUUUGGAAACCUGUUAAGUUUAGCAAUUGGGCUUCUCCAAUCGUACUCGCACCAAAGCAGGACGGCAGUAUUCGUAUUUGCGGGGACUUUAAAGUAACUAUUAAUAGUCAAAUCGAAAUUGAAGGGUUUCCAUUACCAACACGGGCGCAGUUAUUUCAUAAAAUUCGCUAUGUCCGUAUUUUCUCUAAAAUUGACUUAAAGGAUGCAUACUUACAGUUGGAGUUAGACGAAGACUCAAAAAAGCUGGUUGUCGUGAACACACCAAAUGGACUUUUCGAGUAUCAAAGAUUGCCCUAUGGUAUAGCCAGUGCGCCGGCAAUAUUUCAAAGAUAUCUUGAACUAUUUCUGCAAGAAGUAUGGCAUCAAGUGCAAACGGAACAAAUGCAGUUUUUUCAAAACCACAUUGAUUACUUAGGAAGGCGUAUAAGCGCAGAAGGCAUUUUGCCAGAACCAUCAGGAUUAACAGCCAUUCAAAACUUAAAACGGCCUGAAUAUCUGAAAGAAGUGGAAGCGCUAAUGGGUAAGAUAAACCAUUAUUACAAUUACAUUCCAAUCAUGUCGCAAAUCGCUGCUCCGAUAAAUCAGCUUCGCAAGAAAAAUAUUCGUUUUAAUUGGACACACAUACAUGAAGAGGCGUUCAAGUCCUUAAAGAAGCAUAUAGUGAAUGCUACACAAUUAGUUCACUUUCAGGAGCACUUACCAAUAAUCCUCGCUACAGACGCUUCAUCAUCAGGUAUUGGUGCAGUAAUUUCGCAUAUCUUCGCAGAUGGCAGCGAACGCCCAAUAGCAUUCGCAUCAAAGACACUCAACGUUCAUCAAGUAAAGUACAGUCAAAUAGAAAAGGAGGGGCUUGCGAUUGUAUUUGGCAUUCAAAAAUUUCAUCAAUACUUGUAUGGCCGUAAGUUCACUCUAUUCACUGACCACAAACCAUUGGUGAGUAUCUUUAAUCCAGGAAAACACUUGCCAACAACGACUUCAAAUAGACUACAACGGUGGGCAAUAAUUCUAAUGGCCUAUCAGUUCGACAUAAAAUACAAACCUACAGCACAACACGGGAAUGCUGACGCCCUUUCAAGACUACCAGAAGGCCCAGAUAACAACUUUGAUCAAGAGGACAAUUGUUUUGCAGUCGAAGAGCUGGAUACCCCAAUUGAUGCAGAGGUUAUCCGAUUUCAUACAAAGAGGGAUGAAACUCUCAUGAAAGUUCACCGGUUCAUACAACAAGGGUGGCCUAUAUCCGUAGGACCACAACAGGCAGAUAUAUUACCAUAUUUCCAACGUAAUACUGCUUUAGUUAUUAUUGAUAACAUUAUUUGCUUACAGGGCUAUUCAAAUCGGGCUAUAAUUCCAAAAAAACUACGCCAACGCGUCCUUAAACUGUUGCAUGAAAGCCACUGGGGCAUAGUUCGAAUGAAACAAUUAGCUCGAAGAUACUGCUGGUGGCCGGGCAUCGACAAAAACAUCGAGACACUCGCAUCGUCAUGCAACAUAUGUAAAAGAACGUCAGCCAGUCCACCAAAGGAAUUUAGCUCGUGGCCCGAAGCUAUACGUCCGUGGCAACGUGUCCACAUUGACUUCGCCGGACCGGUAUUCAAUCAGCAUAUGUGGCUCGUAUGUGUCGACGCAUUUUCACAGUAUCCGUACAUUGUCCAAUUGUCAAAUACAACCUCUACUGAUACAGUAAAGGCAUUAACAUCAAUUUUUGCCAUAGAGGGUUUGCCGGAAACGUUAGUAAGUGACAACGGUCCACAACUUACAUCCUCACAGUUUAAGGAAUUUUGCUUGAAAAAUGGCAUUCAGCAUGUCACGACAGCGCCAUUUCACCCGGCUUCAAACGGCUUAGCAGAGCGUUUCGUGCGUACUUUCAAGACAUCUGUGAAGAAAAACCUUGAUGACAGUAUGCCAAUUAGUGAAGCAGUUAUCAAAUUUUUAGUGACCUACCGCUCUAUGCCAAAUUCUAACAAUAAGUCUCCUGCAGAGUUGCUACACGGCAGAACGGUUCGAACGCUUCUUACGCAGAUUUUACCGGUUACAAAAUCAUCAAAAAAGCAACCAGUGACGACAAAAUUCGGCAAGGAUUGUAAAGUUUUUUUACGCAACUACAGCAGCGGUCCUAAAUGGGUCGAAGGAAUAAUUGAGAAAUCUUUGGGAAAAAGGGUCUACUUAGUUAAGACACAGACUGGUCAAUGUAAGCGUCAUCAAAAUCAACUUCAAGCGCGCCAGUCAACACCGCCGCAACCAACUGCCUAUGAACCAUCAAAACAACAUCAGCAGUCAACCAUCGAUGAACCAUUAGAACAACAGCAGCAGUCAACCAUCAAGGAACCGUCACAACAAGAAACAACUCAAAAUUUUCAAGAAACAAAUGCAGGUCAACAAAUUCUAGAAACACCCACCUCUGUGCGCAGAAGUGAACGCACACGAAAACGAGUAUGCCGAUUUCAAUCAGAAGAUUUCAGAACUUAA